AUGGAACUCUGCAAGACACUCUAUCUAAACGAUCUGCCUAUCAAUGUGACAGAGGCCGAGCGAUUAGAUCCAGGGCGCACGGUGUUUCGGCUGACACUCUCCUCUCCAUUAUACUACAAUCUUCUAUCAACAUCGACAGUUAUAGUUAAGCAGCAGAGGAUCGGAUGGGAGGACGAGUUCCAACAAGAGAUACAAGCAUACAAAAAGUUGGAAAACCUCCAAGGAACGAUUAUUCCAAUCUUUUUUGGUCAAGGCUCCUUCAAUGGCCUUGAUGCGCUUGUGAUUUCGGAGGUUGAGGGGAUCACCCCACAUAAUCUCGCUCGAGGAAACUUCGGCGUCCAGCAGGAAGCGCUAAAGAUACACCUUGAGAAAGCGCUAGGCGCUUUCGAUGAGCACAAAGCAAUAUACUGGGACGCAAAACCAGAUAAUUUCCUUUUUUGUGCUGAUGCCAUUCCCGAACAAAGCAAAGUUAUGGUUGUAGACCUUGAGCAAGUCGAGUUUCCCCGCCCUCUUCAGCCCUGGCAUCAUAAUAUCAACUCGGGUAGCGUGCGUAAUCUGAUAAGCAAAUUUAAAGAUGGGCAAAAACCAAACCGUCCACUUUCGCCCGCAAGUGCUUGUUAUCAGCCAGGUGCGAAGGGCGAAGAGGGCAGAUCGGAAACGAUUGCGCUACAGAGGCCUGUGGGACGGAUAAAAGAUGAACCUCCAAAGAGCUGGUUUCUAUGUUAA